GUUGCUGAUGAUUCGGACAAGUCGCUUCGACUUCUAGUUUUACAAGAUCUCGUAGGUACUGGUGGAGAGGAAAACCCAUAUUGCGUAAGUGUGUAUAUCAGUGGGACUGUGGCCGAUGCUAAUGGUCUGUUAACGUGGAAAGACAGUUUUUUGAACCCUACUAGUGACGAUUACAAGUUAUUGCAAACCAACGUUUGCGCGAAGAUAUACGAGGCAUUGGCCAAAUAUACACCGGAGAUCAGCAAUUGUUCGCUUUCCAAAGUGGAGAAGAUAGGCGAAAAACCGGGGUAUGUGUACGUGGAGGCGGAUAUCACUUUCGAAGCUCCGGUCGAUUUGGACAUCACCAAAUUGGAAUUGGAAGUUCAGAAGCAAACCAGCGGUGUAUACUUCCAACAACCUGUAACCAUAGACACCUCGGGACAACAACGACAUCAACAACAACAACGACGACGACGACUACAACGACAGUCAAACCACGUAUGUGCACAAUUUCAUACUGUUUUGUAA